AUGAAACUUUUUAUACAACAUAUUUCUAUACCUUCAGAUAUAUCUAAUAAUCAAUAUACACUAGUUAAAGAUAUUCUUUUAUUUUUAUCAAAAUUACCUAAUUCUACUAUAUUACAAAAUUUCUUAUUUCAUGAAACUUAUAAAAAUCAAAAAG